ACAAAAAAACAACUCCUCGUCCGUCCUCGAACUCCUCUGCCAUCUUCCCUUUCUGCCCGUCCAUUCCAUAUAUUUUUGCUCCGAUCGGAGGCCCAUCACUCUCCAGUUCCUAUAUUCUCAUUUGCCGAGAUCUCCUCGCCGGAACCCUCAUCGCGAUCUCCCUCCGAUUCCGAGGUUCCGAUUGCUUGUUUUCUCUCCCGUUAUCAUCUCCCCUUCGUUUCUGUCUCCUCUUUCUGGAAUAUCGUCAGGCUACUUCCGCCCCAUUCAUUCUCUAGGUUUUGCACGAAGCAUUUGAAGCCCCUAUUUCAUCUCAGGUUGUAUUAAAGUUGGUUGAAUGACCUUGCUGCAACUGUUCAAUCAUGACUUCGAGUAUGUUGAGUGGAGAAAGAAGGUGGACAUCAGCCAGACGAGGUGGGAUGACUGUUUUGGGAAAGGUUGCUGUUCCAAAACCUAUAAACUUACCCAGUCAAAGGUUAGAAAAUCAUGGUUUGGAUCCAAAUGUGGAAAUUGUACCCAAGGGUACCCUCAGUUGGGGAAAUAAAUCAGCUUCAUCUGCAACAAAUGCCUGGGGUUCCUCAUCUGUUUCUCCAAAUACAGAUAGUGCUUCUGGUUCACCUAGCCAUCUCUGUGGUCGCCCUUCAUCUGGUGGAGGUGGCACUCGUCCAUCAACCGCUGGUAGUGACAGGUCUCAUGAACCUCAUGCUAGUGCAUGGGGCCCAAGUUCUAGACCGUCAUCUGCCUCUGGGCCUGUGACGUUAAGUCAUACAUCACUCACAUCCUUACGCCCUCACAGUGCAGAAACUAAACCUAGUAGCUCACAAUUGUCACGAUUUGCAGAGACUUCUGAAGGUCCAGUGGCUUGGAAUUCUGCUGUGACUACAGAGAAAGUGGGACCAUUGCCAUGUAAGAGUGAUGGGUUUUCUUUGACAUCUGGAGAUUUUCCUACGCUUGGCUCAGAGAAAGAAUGUGGAGGAAAGGAUGCCGAGUCACAAGAUAACAGGUCUAAUGGAGGAGCUACAGUGAAAGAGAGGACCGGAACUUCUGCAACUGAUGAUCCUAAAAAUGCAACUACAAAUGUUGCAAGUGUUAAUUCCUGGAGAAGUGAUAAUCUUCCACACAACGAUGAUGGGUCUAGGCCAAAUGUAGAGAAAUGGCUGGGACAUCCCCAACCUUACCCUGGUGCAAAUAUUCCUCCCCCACAUUAUGAUGCUUGGCAUGGUUCUCCAGUAAACAAUCCUCAAGGUGGUGUAUGGUAUAGAGGUCCUCCUCAAGGAGGUCCUCCGUAUAGAACUCCUGUUGCUCCUGGUAGUUUCCCUAUGGAACCAUUUAUGUAUUAUCCUCCACAGAUUCCCCCUGGUGGUCUUCCUAAUCCCCAGCCUCCUCAUGGAACUGGACCCAGGGGACACCAUCCUAAAACUGGAGAUAUAUACAGACCUCCUAUGCAUGAUGCUUUUAUUCACCCAGGUGUGUCAAUUAGACCUGGAUUUUACCCAGGUCCAGUUUCCUACGAGGGAUAUUACCGUCCUCCAAUGGGCUACUGCAAUUCAAAUGAUAGAGAUGCUCCGUUUAUGGGAAUGCCUUCUGGGCCUGCUGGGCCUGCUGUUUACAACAGGUACAUGGGCCAAAGUGCCUCUGAGCCUACAAGUUCCCAUGGUUUAUCCAGUGGAUAUGGUUCUAGUGGGAAGGCUUUGGUUCCAGAACAAGUAGAAUCUGGUCUUCCUUGUGAUAAUCAAGGACCAUACAAAGUUCUUCUGAAGCAGCAGGGCAAUUUAAAUGGUAAGAACGAAGAAGAAAGUAGGGUAAACUCGACGACUAAUCAGUUGAUUCUUGAGAAGCCCGACCAACAGAGGCUGUCUCCUUGGGAGAAUGACUGGGAUCAUAAAAAGGAAGCUGAUUUGAGGAGCAGAACAUUUGGGGUGGAACCUUUUUCUCGGGCUUCUGCCAACCAAGCAUCUUCUGAAAAUAUCAAAGCCAAGUCUCAUGGAAGCGCGAGGACCAGUGAUAGUUCACUAGAAAAGUCGGAUGCUGCUGCUUCUGGUUUCUCUGAAGUUCCCAAAUCGCUGGCUACUGCCACGAAAGAUUCAAGUCUGAUUCAGAAGAUAGAGGGAUUAAAUGCCAAAGCCCGGGCUCCUGAUAUGCGACAUGAUGUUGCAUCUAUUUCCAGCAGGGAGGAGCCAAAUGAGUUUCAAUCAAAUGAUAAGCAAUCCGAUCAUUUUGUUGCUUAUGAAGCUGGUGCAAGUACUGUUUUUCCUGAAAAUAGGAAUUUUAAUGAAGUAAGAGACCCUGCCUCCAGUGAAUUGAGCAUUUCCACUGGAGAUGGGAACGUUAAAUUACACAGUGGAGCGUCCAUCAACAGGAGGCCUAAUCGUGGAAUGCAUGGGAGAAAUGAUCAUCAUGGUCGAGGAAAGGUCCAUACACAGGAGGUCGAUGGGUGGCAUAAAAGACCUCUGUUGGAAUUCCCAGGAAUGAUGGCAACUUCCAACCAAGAAAAUCCUGUUCUUGCAAGAGACCACAAUGGUUUAGGGGUUAUUGAUAAGGCUGAGUUGUUUUCUUCAGAUAGCCAUGGAGAUGUGGCUGCCCCAUCUAUAGGUGAUUCAAAAGAUAGUCAAGCUCAGCGUACAAAGAUGAGAGAACUAGCAAAGCAACGCACCAAACAACUGCAGGAGGAAGAGGAGGAAAGGACAAGAAAACAGAGGGCUAGGGCCUUGGCAAAACUUGAAGAGUUGAACAGGCGUGCAGUUGCAGGGGAGGGGCCAGCUCAGUGGCCUGAAAAUACUUCUAAUGAUGCCAUAAGAAGUAGGAUAGAAGAACCUCGAAAUUUAGGUAACCCAAGAACAGUUGGUACUAUAUCUGGAGAGCAUACCUCAGCUAUAGUUUCUGAUCCACACGUGGUUGCUAACAAUAGUGAGUCAACUAUUGGCACGAAUAAAAAUUCUCCCAUUGUAUCAGGAGAUACAACAUUGAAGAAACCAAGUGGUGGCAAUAACGAACAGGUUGUGGCACAUAAUCAAUUGAGAUCUUUGGAGCAGGAGGUGAAUAUUUCUGAUGUCGCUCAAAAUAAGAAUGCUUCGGAGGUACAUGGGGGUGGUGCAUCCUUGAAGCAUAAGCGUGCAGGAAAUAAACAAAAACCAAAUAUCCCAUCUGAAAAGACCGAAAAGCUUUCCCAGUUAAUUAAGGAAUCAAAAGGUCAGACUGUUGCUGCUGACGUUCAUACAGUUGUAGAGGAGUCGAGCAAUUUCAUUACUGAUCCUGUUGCUGAAUCUUCCACGCUUACAAGAAAGAAAAAUAACAAGAGUGGGAAGAACAAACAUAAAGUGGAAGAGGCCUCGACAUCUACAUUACCACCUCAAAUUUCAAAAGCACCUCAAGUUUCAAAAGAAGUGAAUCUUACAACGGAACAUGAUAAACUAAAGGCUUCUCAGCCUGUAAUGGAUCCACCUUCAGAUCCACUACCAUCAUCAAUUAUCAGAGAUGAAAAUCAGCUCAGAGAGCAGUUACCUCUGUUGCCAGUUGUUGAGACUCUUGGCAAAGGUAAUGGUCAGUGGAAGUCUCAGCAUUCUCGCAGGAUGCCAAGAAAUUCACAAAAUAGAGCAGGAGAAAAAAUCCACGGCAGUGAUUCUGUUAUCUGGGCCCCUGUGCGGUCUCUCAACAAAUGUGAGGCUCCCGAUGAAGCUGCUCAGAAGAAUGAAGCUGAGGCUGUUGCUUCAUCUGUAAAGAUUGACAAUCAAGUGCAAAAUAUCCCAAAAAAUAAGCGAGCUGAAAGGGAGAUAUAUGUACCGAAGCCUGUGGCCAAAGAAAUGGCACAGCAAGGAACCAUUCAUCAAGAUAUUUUUCCCAUGAACCAGGCACCAGAUGAUAACAAGGCAGACUCUAGUUCUCAAAGUUCUGAUAAUACUCGGUCUACUGCUGCUGUUUCUGGCAAUGUGGGAUUUUCCACAGAUCACAGAAAUGGGGAUGGUAGGCACCAUAAACAAAGCAAGGCUCAUGCAUCAUGGCGGCAACGGGGAGCAACGGAAUCAAUAAAUGGGCAAGGCUUACAAGAUCAAUCAUCUUAUGUUCCAAAUGCUGGUAGUAAUUUUCAAAAGUUAAGUGAUUAUCAAGUACCUGAGAAGGCUGCCGGAAGCUCCACCAAUGAAUUCACGAGUUAUGUUGAUGAGUGGGAUCCACCUGAUGGGUGGAAUGAUCCCAACUACUCGGCAUCUAUUCCACCUGUCCCUGUAGCUGUGGGAAGAGACCAGGGAGUGACAGGCAGGGGAAAGCGAUCCCAAUUUAAGGGGCAUAAGGGUGUAGGGAACAAUUAUGAUCUGAAUGAAAAAAAAAUUAGAAGUGUAGACAACGAAAAAAUUUCUACAGAAUCUUCAGUGCCUGAGGCAGAUCAAAAAGAUGUAACUACUGCUGCUAAAGAAAACCGGGGUGUUGGGGAGCGAUCAACAUCUCAUUGGCAACCCAAAUCACGGAUGGUUCAACCCUACAAUCAACAAAGUAGCAAGCAUAGUGGUGAUCAAAAUGUUGAUGCUGAAGCUGCACAGACUAAUAAAAUGGGAUCUAGGCUCUCUUCAUAUGGCACAAAGAUGAGUGAUGACGAGGCCCAUAAUCAGCAUGAUUCUUCUAUUGGUGCAAGGACCAUCAUAGAAGAGGGAUCAAAUGUUGGUCAUCAUGGGGCCAAGGUAGAGAAGAAGAUUUCUUCUAGGAAGGAGCGUCCUUACUCCCCAAACCAAGGCCCUAUUCAUUCAGUUGAGGUUGCCCCAGCAAACACAGAUGUCAGACACGAGCAACAAGUGCCUUCAUUUUACCAUAAAGGCGGCGAUAACAACAACCGCUUUGGAAGAGGAUUGGAAUCUCGUAGGGAAAGGAAUUCCUCUCAACAUCAUAAGCAAAAUUAUCAUCCACCUACUAAUAGAGACAGGCAAAGACAAAAUUUGCAGUACGAGUACCAACCAGUUGGGCCACACAAUGGUAAACCAAACAUGGAUAGACCGAAGGAUGCCCCUCAGCAUUCGGGCUCAAGGUACGUGGAGAGGGGCCAAGGUCACUCCAGACGAGAUGGUGGGAACUCUUACAAGCAACAAAGUGGACCUGUUUGAUUAGAUACCUGUCAUAUUUAGCAUAAUUUGGCGAUUCCAAAUACAUUUUCUUUGUUCGACCCCGCCGCGCCCCUCCGGUUUAUGGAUCAGCUGAACUGCUGAAGGUGUGGAACUGCAUUGAGCACAGGCAGGGUAGUAGGAGCCAGAUUUGAUGGUGCAGGAGGAAACCGUUUGGAGUUGGGGUGGAGGAGGUGCUCAGACUCUGUUUAUUUUGUAGGUUAUUCUGAUAUGAAAUGAACCAGUUUAAUUUGUGCUCACAAGUUGCAUGUUGGGAAUGGACCCUCACAUAAUUGUUUUUUCUUUUCCUUCUUCCCCCUCUCCCCCACUCCCCUUUAGCCGUGUAUGUAUGACAUUUCUUUAUUUCCUUCACUUGUGGAACAACGACAGAGGGAAUGAAUUAGAGAAGCAUUCUGAUUCUUCGCCACUA